AUGGACAAGAGCGUGAAAAAGAUGGUGAAACUGAUAGAAGAAGAUGCAGACUCGCUUUCCAAGAAGGCAGAGAUGUAUUAUCAGAAGAGACCUGAGCUCAUCAGCCUUGUCGAUGAGUUUCACCGUAUGUACCGUUCUCUAGCUGAACGUUACGAUGAACUCUCCUCCUCUGACCUCACUAGUACUGACCUUAACAACAACAAGUUCGGCCGUCCUCCUUCACGUCGAGCUCCUGGUUUUGACUACUUCCUUGGCAAUAAUGGAGGAAUGAAUACUCCCAAUGAUGUAGAGGAUUGUGCUUCUGUUACCGACUCUGAACAGGAAUGGGAUGACGCUUCUUCUGUGAGUAGCCACCCUGUUUACGUGAAUGUUGGCAAUGAUUUUCAGUCAAUGACCAAGAGGGUAGCUGAUCUUGAGAUUGAGCUCCGUGACGCCAAGGAGAGACUCAGGAUGCAGCUUGAAGGAAACACUGAUGGCUUGGUGAAGAUUGAGCCUAAGUUUAUUGAUUAUCCAACGAAACUCGCUGCUUGUGAGCAAGAACUGAGGGAAGCUAACGAGAGGAUACUCAACUCCGAAGACCAAAUCUUCAUGUUGAAGAAUCAGCUCGCUAGAUACUUGCCAUCUGUGUUGGAUGACGACGAGCAAGUUAGUGAAGGAGCAGAUUCCACUCAAGAGAUGGACGUUGAGACAUUGUCUGAAGAGCUGAGAAUUGCAAACCUGAGGCUCCGGGAAGCGGAGAGAGACAACGGCAUCAUGAGAAGAGAAGUUGAGAAAGCAAAGUCUGAUGACUUAAAGCUCAAGAGCAUCCAGAACAUGCUUGAAUCUGCUCAGAAAGAAAUUGCUGCAUGGAAAAGCAAGUCUAGUGCUGAUAGAAGAGAAGUUGUGAAGCUGCAUGACAGAGUCUCGAUGCUGAAACAUAGCUUAGCAGGUAGAGAUCAUGAGAUCAGGGAUCUCAAGACUGCUCUCUCCGACGCAGAGGAGAAGAUAUUCCCUGAGAAGGCACAGUUCAAAGCAGAGAUAACAACCCUCUUGGAGGAAAAAACACAAAGGGAUGAGCAGUUUAACGAGCUGGAAGCACAAGUCCGUUUUCUCGAAGACGAGAUAAGACGUGUGAGUAAUGAGAAAACAGAAGAGGAGGAGAGGCUUAAGGGAGAGAUCGAGGCUCUGACGAUGGAAAAGGAAGAUAAAGAGAUAUGCAUAGAGACGGUAAACAAAAAGAUGUAUAAGCUAGAAUCAGAGAUGAUUCUGCUUGAACAUGAAAUGAAGGCAAAAGAGAGUAAGACAAUGGAGAUGGAGGAAGAGGUGGAGAAGCUGAGGAAGGAGCUCGAAGAAGUAGCGGAAGAGAAGAGGGAAGUGAUAAGACAGCUUUGUUUUUCACUUGACUACUCCAAAGACGAGUGCAAGAGGUUACACGCAAUGCCUGUUCAGGGCAUUCAACAAUAAAGAAGACCUUUCCUACAAUUUUUCGCUUCUUGAUUCUGAUGUAUAGCUUUUAUACAUACUAUAUGUACCUUUGUUUGUGUUACUCUUUCACUUAUAGAAAGAGGUGUUUUGUUUUUUUUGUUUUUGUUUGAUGAAAAAA